AUAUUACCUGCCGGACUAUGGAAAGUAUCGCAUACCUAUUCAAUCUCGCUCUUGAUCUAGACCUGCUUUGACAAAGCACGCAUCAGUUGGAUAAAGAAAGAAGUUGGCAACAGUUGAGAUGACACGUGAGAUGAAUACAGAUAAUAUUUCAAGACUUGAAACAUUGUGUAUCCUGUAAGAUCCAGCGUUUGCCAUGAAGUUUCACAGCUUGGCGUUGUCCUUGGAGCCGUUCUUCAGAUCACAGUGUCCAUCACUGAUGAUGACAGACUGGACAAGAUGCUGCUGCAAGGUUAUCCAAUCUGUAACUGGGUCAACUGGUCAACACCAAAACGCACCCAACGUCUGCAUUCCUUCAUUAGCUAGGCCAGGUCAUCUACUGCACUUUGACUUUGCGCAAGCUUCAGUUCCAGUAAAGGUAAACGAUGAAACAGUGAUGAGGAGCAAAGAAAACUUGUGGAGAGUUCGCAAUCAAACUACCGACUGUAGAUUUACUUCUGUGGCCAGAAGAUGCCACUUGGACAAUAUGACUUCGGCCGGACAAAAGUUGUACGCAACUCUGCCUUUUGAAAGAAUUGCGACUAAUUUCAAACAGAGAGGAGGGUAUCUUAAUUGUCGACAAAGUUUCUUGGGCAGUCCUCUAAGCAGAUGCUUUCAUAGCUCUUCUAGAGUGUCCAGAAAGGAUAGAAAGCAUCCUAAAGACAGACCUGAUGUCUUAGAGAGUACAGAAGAAGGCACAGACGUCGCGAAUGACCUUGGCUCAGAUGGCACGUAUAGUGAAGACGAGGAGUAUGACAAUGAACUUGAUGACGAGAACUUGACAGACGAGUUAUACGAAGAGCAAGUGACCUUGGUGACCCCCGAGGGAGGCCACAAGGUCAUUGUGGUACAGCCCAAUGUGAAGUGGGGAGCAAAGAAACAACACCUUACCACAGGUGAGCUGAUGCUAGCAGAGUCUGUGGCACUAGUGGAGACCUUACCUUACUGGACGGUGGUGGACACAGUCUUAAUGUCUACAAAAACACCAGACAAGAAGAUGAUCUUUGGAAAGGGCAACUUUCAGACUCUAACAGAAAAGAUUCAGACCAUGAAGGAAGUGACUGCAGUGUUCCUGAGUGUUGAAGCUCUGACAGGCCGGCAGCAGAAGGAGAUGGAGGAGGCAUGGGGAGUCCCUGUGUUUGACAGAUACACAGUGGUACUACAGAUCUUCAAGGACCAUGCACGAACCAAGGAGGCAAAGCUGCAGAUAGCCCUGGCAGAGAUUCCCUACCUCAAAACCAGAAUAAGUGAGGAGGUAGCCAACCUUGACCAACAGAGAGGUGGCGUGAGGACCCGGGGUGGGGGAGGGGAGACAUUCCGAGAGCUUCGGAGGAGAGUUCUGAGACAGAAGGAGACAGCCAUCAAAAAGGCCCUGGUACGACUCAAGAAGAAGCGUGACCUCCUCAGACUGGGCAGGACAAGGAAAGAAAUACCUGUUGUGUCUGUAGUGGGGUAUACAAAUUCAGGUAAAACAACGCUAAUCAAGGCCCUGACCGGUGAGGAGAGGAUCCAGCCGCAGGACCAGCUGUUUGCCACGCUGGACGUCACAGCCCAUGCCGGUCAGCUCCCCUCCAAGAUGACCGCCCUGUACGUGGACACUGUAGGGUUCCUGUCACAGUUACCACACCAUCUCAUCGCCUCCUUCAAUGCCACAUUAGAGGAUGUCAGGCUAUCUGAUUUGAUUGUUCACAUUCGAGAUGUGAGUCAUCCAGACACUGUGAACCAGAAACACAAUGUCCUAGAGGUUCUCAACAACUUACAACUGCCACAACAUUUGCUGGACAACAUGAUAGAGGCUAACAACAAAAUAGACUUGUUAGAUGGAGAAAGCUCAGUACCAGAGGAGGAUGAGGACACCGUUAUAAACAUCUCAGCUCUGCAGGGUACAGGACUGGACAGGCUGAGGGAGGUUGUAGAGGAGAAGCUGUUUGUAGCCACAGACACAGUCAUGACUACACUCAGGAUUCCCAUGGCUGGGCCACAACUCAGCCAACUGUACAAGAAUGCCACAGUCCAGGGUGUGCAGGUGACAGAAGAUGCAGAGCACCUGGAUGUUGAUGUCAUCAUGGGGAAAGCUGCAUUUGCCAAGUUCAUGCACGCAUUCAAGGGAAAAGUCAGACAACUUUAGGAAUACAAAAAAACGGUAUAAUAUUUUGAUAUUCAGGGAUAUGAAAGACAGUCUGUAUCUUGUGGUGUAUUUAUUAGAAUGGCUGAAUGUACUGAUGUCUGUAGGAAACUCAACGGAAGCCAAUAUGUCACUAGUUUGAGUCCAAUAUUAUCAAUAUUUCCAUAUGUAUUGUAUAUCCACACAACAUGUAACCAGGGCUACAUCAUAAUGCAU